UGUGGGCGUGGAAAGAGGUGGGCAUUUGGCCAGUUCUACCGCGAAGGCUCACAUCCUGAAUCCAAAGUGACCACCCCAUGCUUCUGGAUCCAGGAGCCUAAGGAAUGCGUCACUAGACUGGAGUCCAGGACCUCCUGGCUACCCAGUAUGGGUCUAAUGUGCGACUGUAAGACGCGUGCUGCAGACUGCAUCCUGUGCCUUGUAGGCCAACCACGGAGGGCAUAAGGCACCCACCCUGGGAGGGGAGCGGGAUAUUCAAGCCCCAGACUGAAGCUGCCCUGGCUACCCACGUGUCCACGUUCUAGCUGAACACGUAGAGCUCCUGAGAUGGCAGGCCUGUCCUUUGCAGAAUCCACCGGUCUCCACGAGGGACAUCCUCUACUCCCAUCAACUAGUUUUCAGGAAUCAGUGACCUUUAAGGAUGUUGUCGUGAACUUCACCCAGGAAGAAUGGAAACACCUGGAUCCUACACAGAGAGAUUUGUUCAGAGAUGUGACAUUGGAAAAUUAUACACAUCUCGUCUCUAUAGGACUCCAGGUUUCCAAACCUGAUAUGAUUUCCCAGCUAGAACAAGGGACAGAGCCAUGGAUUGAGGAGUCGUACGUUCCUGUUGGUUCCAUGGAAGACUGGAAGAUAAGACCUGGAAAUGGUGUGUCACCCUUAGAGUGUGACACUUCUGAAGAACAUCUGUCUUCUGAGGCCCAAACAAGCAACUGCAAAAGGGCUGGUUCUUACAGUUGCAGCGUCCUAGAAACGUGGAAGGCUGGUGGGAGUUUAGAGACGCUCCAGGCAAAUCAGCAGACUCUGCCAAGGGAAAUAAAAAUAACAGCAAAAGCAGUACCCACGUGUGAGAGCAGUCUCGGCGUGAGUUCAAGCCUUGUAUCACAAACAGAAGUAGUUCUAGAACAAACUUCCACCAAAACAAGAGUCCAGCAGAAUUCACAGCCCGCCCCGAAAGAGAAGCUGUGUAAGUGCAGCGAAUGUGGCAAAGCUUUUACUUACUGCUCCGCUCUCAUUCGCCAUCAGAGAACGCACACCGGAGAAAAGCCCUACAAAUGUAACGAGUGUAACAAAGCUUUCAGCCGAAGUGAAAACCUUAUAAAUCAUCAGAGAAUUCAUACAGGAGAUAAGCCGUACAAAUGUGACCAGUGUGGAAAGGGCUUCAUUGAGGGCCCAUCUCUGACUCAACAUCAAAGGAUUCACACUGGAGAAAAGCCCUACAAAUGUGAUGAAUGUGGGAAAGCCUUUAGUCAGAGGACCCAUCUUGUUCAGCAUCAGAGAAUCCACACCGGUGAGAAGCCAUACACUUGUAAUGAGUGUGGAAAGUCCUUCAGCCAGAGAGGUCACUUUAUGGAACACCAGAAAAUUCAUACAGGAGAAAAGCCUUUCAAAUGUGAAGAAUGUGAAAAGACCUUCACCAGGAGCACACACCUUACUCAACAUCAAAAGAUUCAUACUGGAGAGAAAACCUAUAAGUGUAACGAGUGUGGGAAGGCCUUCAAUGGGCCUUCGACAUUUAUCCGUCACCAUAUGAUUCACACUGGAGAGAAGCCUUAUGAAUGCAAUGAAUGUGGCAAAGCCUUCAGUCAGCACUCAAACCUGACUCAGCAUCAGAAAACACACACUGGUGAGAAGCCCUAUGAUUGUGCAGAAUGUGGAAAAGCCUUCAGUUACUGGUCGUCCCUCGCCCAGCAUCUGAAAAUUCAUACAGGAGAGAAACCCUACAAAUGCAGUGACUGUGGCAAGGCCUUCAGUUACUGCUCCUCUCUUACUCAACACCGGAGAAUUCAUACUCGAGAAAAACCCUUUGAGUGCAGUGAAUGUGGAAAGGCUUUCAGUUAUCUGUCAAACCUUCAUCAGCAUCAGAAAACCCACUCCCAGGAGAAAGCCUAUGAAUGUAAGGAAUGUGGAAAAGCCUUUAUUCGGAGUUCAUCUCUUGCUAAGCAUGAGCGAAUUCAUACUGGAGAGAAGCCUUAUCAGUGUCCUGAAUGUGGGAAAACCUUCAGCUAUGGCUCAUCACUUAUUCAGCAUAAGAAAAUCCAUACUGGUGAAAGACCUUACAAGUGUAAUGAAUGUGGUAGAGCCUUUAACCAGAAAAUACACCUUACACAACACAAGAGAAUUCAUACAGGAGCAAAGCCGUACGCGUGUCCCAAGUGUGGUAAGACCUUCCGACAUUGUUCCUCUCUUGCACAACAUCAAAAAACUCACACAGAGGAAAAACCCUACCAGUGUAACAAAUGUGAAAAAACCUUUAGUCAGAACUCCCACCUGACUCAGCAUCAGCAGACCCAUGCAGGAGAGAAACCCUAUAAGUGCAAUGAACGUGAAUCGUUUCCCCAGAGCGUGCUCUUACCUGAUCAUCAGAGUGCUCACACUGGAGAGAAACCGGACAACUGUAACAAAUGCCCAAGGACUUUGAGCCGGAACACUUACCCUACUCAGCAUCAGAAGAUUCAUUCAGGAGAGAAGGUUUUUGGGUGUGGUGACUGUGGAAAAGCCUUCAGGUAUCGCUCUACUCUCAACAAACACCAGAGACUGCACCCUGGCAUAGCUGCUCUAGGAACAUCAUAAAUGGAGCUGCUCUCCUCACUUUGGUUUUAUAGUGAUGGAUCAGAGUGGGGUGAAGAGCUCCUUAAAGUAUUGUUAAGUUUUCCCUAUCUCAUGAUGAGAUAGGCUCUUGGGCUGAACUAAUCCAGGUAUGUUAUUAAGCAACAUUGGAGCAAGCUACUUUAAGUGUCUUGUGUGAAUGGGGUGAAAUAAAAGAUUGAGAGAUGA